CUAUACAAAAUCCUGGGUCUGAAUAGGAUGGAAGAUAUUUUUGUGCUCAUUUAUCGUUGUGUUGCGUGGCUACUUUUGAGGGUGUUGUUUUCUUUCUAUAUUUUAAACCGAUAGUUAGCUAUGAAUGCAAUAGCCUUUGGCUGUGCGGCAGUAGCAAGCGAAUCACUGGUAUCGACGUCGCGGGUUUGCCAGCAUAUUCUGGUCACAUAUGAUGGCGACGAGACUGAGCUGUUGGUGGAAGCUGUUUGGAUCACUCUGCCGGAUUUGUACUUUUUCCCUUCUAGUCCUGUUUGUACAUAGUCACACUUGUAGACACAAAGUACCCUCUCAAUCGGAGGUCGUCCACAAAGUUUACUUGAAGUCAGAGAGAAUAUCUAAAAGAAGUAUUGACCAGCAACUCAAAAUAAAAAUCACUUAUGAUUCAAGUUUGGAAGAGUUGGAUUCAGAGAAAAGAAGACUUGUGAAGGAGAAACUGUUUCCACAAGCGAUUGACUAUCUUCAGAAGACAUUUAGAGUUCGAAGGCAAACUGGCCCUGUGCUUCUUAGCAGGCAAUGUGCCACCAACCAGUAUUUGCGGAAGAAAGAUGAUCCACACCGCUACUGCCAGGGAGCUUGUGCUGAUGUCACCAAAUGUGGACCUGUCAUCGUCCCUGAAGAACAUUUACAGCAAUGCAAGGUGUGCAGCGAGUUGGGGCGGUCGUGCGGUCCGGCAGGGCCCCCGAGCGGGGAGGGGGUGGAGGGGGCGGACUUUGUGCUGUACGUGAGCGGGGUGACCACGGACCGCUGCGGCCAGGAGAACAUUGUGGCCUACGCCGCCUACUGCCAGCUGGAGUCCGAGCUGGACCGACCCAUCGCUGGAUAUGCAAACCUUUGCCCAAGUAUGAUCUCAACCCAGCCUCAGGAGUUUGUGGGCAUGCUGUCCACUGUCAAACACGAGAUCAUUCACGCCCUGGGGUUUUCCGCAGGGCUUUUUGCAUUUUAUCAUGAUGACAACGGGAAGCCUUUGACUCAGCGAUAUGCUAGUGGAUUACCGCCUUUCAACGAGAGUUUGGGCCUGUACCAGUGGAGUGAUAAAGUGGUACGGAAAGCAUCCAGGCUGUGGGACAUCCGUGGAAACAGGAUGCUCCGGCAUGAAGUUCACCUUCUAGUGACUCCCCGAGUGGUGGAGGAGGCCCGCCGGCACUUCGAUUGCCCCAUCCUGGAGGGCAUGGAGCUGGAGAACCAGGGAGGCCUUGGCACCGAGUUCAACCACUGGGAGAAGAGACUGCUGGAGAAUGAAGCCAUGACAGGAUCUCACACACAGAACAGAGUGUUUUCCAGGAUUACACUGGCUAUAAUGGAAGACACUGGGUGGUACAGAGCCAACUACAGUCUGUCGGAGAGGCUGGACUGGGGUCGGGGCAUGGGAUGCGACUUUGUGAUGAAAAGCUGCAAGUACUGGAUGGACCAGCAGCGUCAGAAUAGGCGGGUGCUCAGCCCGUACUGUGACACGGUGAGGACCACGCCCCUCCAGCUCACCUGCAGGCAGGACCAGCUGGCAGUGGCCGUUUGCAACCUGCAGAAGUACCCCCAGGAGCUGCCCCUGGAGUUCCAGUACUUUGACCACGUCGCGGGCGUCGCCCAGAGGGACCUGGCCUUCUACGGCGGCGCGGUGGAGAUCGCCGACUACUGCCCCUUCAGCCAGGAGUUCAGCUGGCAUCUGAGCGGGGCCUACCACCGCAGCUCCAACUGCAGAGUGCUGGAGAACCAGCCCGAUCUGUGGAGGAACUACGGGGCGGAGGAGUACGGCCCGGAUUCUGUGUGCGUCUAUCAGAGGUCGCCGUUCGUCAUGGAGCAGUGCGCCACGCGCAUGACCUAUCCCGACUGGGGCAGCGGCUGCUACAAGGUCUCCUGCUCCGCCACGGGUCUGACGGUGUGGGUGCGGGACACGCCCUUCUGGUGCGCCCACGCGGGCCAGCUCCUGAACGUCAACGUGCGCAUGGGCGAAUGGGUGUACAGCGGGACGCUGGUCUGCCCGGCCUGUUCCGACUUCUGCGGCACCUGCCCGCUCCCGCACCAGCUCCCGCCCCUCAACGCCUCCAGGAGAACCCCCAUCGACCCUUGUUCGAGCUCUUCCAGCUUGGUGGUGACGUUGUGGCUGCUGCUGGUCAACCUCCUCCCUCUGCUGGCUGGGUUUGCCCUGUGUGCGUGGAACUGAAGCCAGCCCUGGAGCUCGCUAGCCCACUGAAGCUUGCGUCGGACCCCCCCCCCCCCCCACUGCCGUCGGCUUCCCGGCUACUGAAGUUAGCGCCCUGCUAGGAGAGAUCCAGACAGGAUGUUUACCAUACGUCCAUCAGCGCCCUCCCAAAAAAAAAAAAAAAGAAUUAAAAAUCUUGUCUGUGUCUGCCAGCUCAACCUUCGUUUUGAAGGAACAAGAAGCCAUCGUCAUACUCCUGUUAUACAGAGUUAAACAAAGUGCCAGUAAGCAGAUAAAAUGAGAAGCCAUACUUCAAGGGGCAGGGUGGCCACGGAGGGUGAAGUUCAGGGCCCUGCAUCUUGGUCUUCUUGAGGCGGUGUGGUAUGUGUGCUUUUAAGUAGCUGGUGCUGGAUGGUCGAUGGAUGAUUGCCAUAACAUUUGAGUGGAGUAGACUGGUCGGUUGACACCGGACCUGAGGUCGUCCGGUAAUAACAUUGGUUUUAUGCUCUGAGCGGAUUGUUGAAGAACGUCGUUUCUAGGUGUGCGACAUAAUGUAGUGCGUGGUAGAAUUUAAAAUGUGUCUAAAUCCGAUAUUUGUGAAUUCUCAGGCUUGUAGGGUUCUGUUUUAUUGGUGGCGAAUGUAAAUUGACUGAACGUUACUGUACUGUUUUGUAUAACAUAGGCCAUGGAAUGAUAAACCCUUGAUGUACUGUAUGCUACACAAGCUAACGAUUUAAAUUUAUGAAAACAUUAAUAUAUUAACUUAAAGGCAUUUUUUGUAGCUCCGAGUGUAACACUUUUUAAAUUUUGAAACACUUUUUGACUAACCAGAGAACAACAUUUGAUAAUAUCGUAGUUUAACAAUAAGAAUCGAACCGCCCUUCAUAAACUCUCCUUCACGCAAAACGAAGAAUUUGCGGGACAAUUCUCACCCAAUCCUGAAUCAUGAAGUGUUUGGAGUCAUAGGUGUUGCAACACACACUUUCUAUGACUAUCAAUCUAAAGGAUUGCAGGCUGCAGCUUCACUUAGAUAGUGGUCCCGGUAGUAAGUACUCUUUAAUUAUAACCGAACUCACGCUAUAGGCUGUCGAUAAGAUCCAUUUAUUUACAUACCUGCAGAAAACUGCUACUUAAAAUGCAUUUAUACUCAUGGUCGUCCAGUGGCCACCAGCUUCGUCGUGUUUGUGAGGGGUUCUGCUAGUGGCGGUGAAUGGCUAGGCACAGUGUACAGAGAGCCAGAUGAGGCGAUGCAGUGAAGGAAUGCUGAAUAUUGCUGGAAGAUGUGCGUUGAUAUCAGGGGACAUUGUGUCAGUAAAAUUUUAAUGACAGUCAUUAUUUUAGAAGAUCUGCAUUUUUGCAGGAAUUGGAAGCAUUUGUGUAAUUUGUUCUUAAGGUCAGCCCUUCACAACAAAUUUUAGAAAAAAAGAAAAAUGUAGAUAGCGUUGUGCCAUUAUAACUCUCACUUUUUAUAUCAUUAGUGCUAUUCCUGAAAUUACGUCUUGACACCAAAGGUUUAUUGGUUUUGCUUUUAGCUAAUCAUGAAAAUGCUUAGCAUAUUUGUUCCACAUUAGAUAAGCAUGGCUUACUAACAAAAAUAUUAUCUGAAUAUUCAUAGCGAGGGAACAAAAAGUCAUGUUUUUUUUUUUUUUUUUUUUUUAAUCUAAUAUUUGCACAACAGUUAACAUUUAAGACCGUACAUGUGUUGUAUGGUGUGUGUAUAUAUAUAUGUUUGUAUAUGUUUUUAAGUGUAGUGUUUAAUGUCUAAGUACAUGAAGAAAAGAUCGCUUUUUGCAUUCUUACUUGAAGAACCUGAGUGGGAAUACAUGAACAUGAAUCACUUGCACGUUCUACUGCCUUGUCAUCUCAGAAAGAGAAGACGGAGAAAAAGGAACAUUAUUCAGGCAGACUUGCGUAAGUGUAGCCCUAGAUUAACCACAUUAUUUCAACAGUGAUUAGCAGCACUGUAGAAUGGUAAUGUAGAUGCUGUCUUGUCAUGGCUUUUAGCAUUUCAUUCUGGGGUGGGGAACUGCCUGAGUAGAUAAUUGGCCCUCUUUGUUCCCAUCAAAGUUUCUGUUGGCUACUACCCAAGCGUGCAGCGUUAUGUAUGUAAAGAGCCAAUACUCAAGAGGAAAAGAGUGAAAUGUAUGGUUUAUAUAUGUUCAGAGUGAUUUUCUUCCCCCCAAAUGUAUGCAUUUAGGAUAUUAAGAAAAGUGUCACAUUCUGGUACAGAAUCCAGUUCACCUUCCCUACAGCGAAGGUGGGCAUGUGGUUUGGGUCGACAUGUGAGGAGUAGGAGCUUAUAAAUGCCAGUGUGCAUUUUUUUGUUGGUUCAUUGUUGUUUUGGGUCAUCUCAGUGUUUAGGCAGCUACUGUAUUUUAUUUAUUUUGUACAAGUUGUGUAAUGUUUGUCAUUCUCCAUUGAUUUUGGGCAAAUGGAAAGAUGUUUAGAUGUUAAAAAAGCAGUUUAUACCAGAAGAUGUGACAACCCACACAAAUUUUGGAUACUGAAGGGAUUACUGGUGAUGGGGAAUUCAUAAAUUGGUUUUAAGGAAUGUUUUCACUUUUCCAAAACAUUGCUGAGAUGGAUAGUUUAAAUGUCACAAACAUGACAUUGCAAACAUGUAUCUGCAUGUAGCGUGUGUACAUUGUGUUUUGAAAAAGUGGGUUAUCAGAUUUUUUUUUUUUUUUUUGCUGGAUUGCCCUUAUCAUGUAAACCUAUCACUGUACUGUAGCAGUCUGGGAAUAUUUCCUGCAGCCUGUUCGAACCGGAAUAUUUUACGGCUUUGUACAUAGGUCAGGGGUUGCGUAAGGGUUUUAAAAAAAAUGGUUCUUGCUUUCUUAAUGCACUAAAAUCUAUCAUCAGUAAGCCUUAAUAUCCUGAGAGACUAGUCUUAAAGGAGACCAAGUGGUAGAAGGAGAGCUGGAGUAUCCACACCGCACCGUGGUGCCUACCUAUCUAUCGUUUAUACCAAUUUCAUUCUUACAGGAGAGCAGUGGUUGGGUGGAUUUUUAGGUCUUCUCUUUGUAACAAGCAUCAUGCAUGUUACAAGGGGCACAUGCAGGAGUCUGGUUUCGGAGUAAUUCCAUGUGUAGAAAGAAUGCAUUGUAAAGUCUGCUAUGCCAUGUAGAAUACCACAGCUCCAAGUCAUAAACUGGACUGUACUUUGUGUUCGAAUGUAAUAUUGUAUAUUUAUUUUUGAAAUGUAGCUGCAAAGUCAUUUCAGUCUCUCAUUCCCUCGAGAAAGAAAGUGCUGUUACUGUGUUCCUGAAAAUAGAAAAUACAUGGCACGUUUAAAAGUGUGUUUGUGCAUGGAAAGUAUGCUGUGGUCAACUUCAAACUGUUACGUGUUUUAUGGGUUUUAUCAGUUCUUUUGACUGUCUACCAUUAAUCCAUGUUGCACAUUUAGACAUUGGCAGUUGGCAUUCUGCUAGAUAAAUAUUUGAUCUGUCAUGUUUUUAGAAAUUCCUGUUUUUUCAUAUUUAUUUUAAGACGUCUGUCUUUGUUUGCAUUCCAUUAGUCAUGUACUGUGAGGGUUUUGUAAACUUUUAUUUAUUGGUAACACUUAGUUUUUUGUCGUAGGAAUUGUCAAAAUUGUUCUGUGGCGUUGCUAAAUGUCUUUAUUUGUGGUUGCUUGUGGAAUAUUAACUUCUGUUUAUGGUUCAGAUCAUUUUUCCAUUAAUCAAAUAUGUGAGCUAAGGCGGUGACCAAAUUUAGUACACCAAGAAAACGCCAUCACCAUGCACUGUUCCCCAGUUGUCUUGAAUUCAAGGCAAACUGACAGCCAUUAACAUUGACGGACUACAUGUGCACAAAUUUGGCCUUUCAUCUUCAAGCAAAUUUUAUGGUUGGUUCAAAUUAUAUGGAAAUCAUUGUCAUUAAUUGAAUACAGUUUGAAACAAACUAUGUAAAUGAGUAGCACUGUCAUCAUUACAGCUUGUAAUUAUGUUUUUGUUAAAGUAAUGAUUAAAGCAAAUGGUACAAAGGUAUGCCAGUGAUUUGAUAAACAUGCCAUCAUGCAAAUCUGAAAUCACAAUAUUACCGCAACCCUUCUUAAUGUACAGAGACCAAAGACAUUUCUAUGCAGAAAUCUAGGGAUUACAACUGUACAUUUAUAGAAGUUGUACAACCAUAUUAAUGGCCAUUCCCCUAAAAAAAAAAAAAACAUCCCAAAUGGGUAUGUAUGGGGUUCAAAUAACACUGUUUUAAAUGAGUACCAUGGUGAUUUUCACACUCGGUUUUGUGCUAUUUGCACAAGAGGCAUUGAAGAAACACAAUGAGUAAAGUAUUAAAUAUGUCCGUUCUGUAUUUUUGGAGAAAUAUGCGUUUUAAAUUUAUCGUCCUAUUUUCAACCGGUUGAGAAAGUUGUCAAUUUGGUGCGCUGGCUUACAGGCAAGACAAUGCAAAUAUUUGACUAACAUUAGGUUCACUUAAAUUGGAGUGCCUUUUAAGGACUAUUAGAUGAUUUCUGGUUAUAGCCUAUUCAUUUAGCUAGCUAGCUAACGUUAGCUAGCUAGGUAGUUUGCUUUCAUAAGGCAAUGUUAUCGAUAACGUUAGCUAGCUAGUUUGCUUUUAUGAGGACGUUAUAGUUGUGCUUUUAUCUUAACUUGGCUAGCUAGAUAGCAAAAAUUAUAAUUGGAUAUAAGUCCUUACCUUAGCUAUCUAUCGUUACUUGAUAUACUACUACACUAGCUAGCUUGUGAAAAUUCAGUCUCCCAAAAAGAGCGCGUAUCAUGGGGGUAGCUAUGGUAACGGGGCACGGUCUGUCAAUCAUAGCUAACUGACACUUCUCAUUACCACGCCCAGACGGUUCGGGUGGACCGGCUUAGAAAAAUACGUUUUAAAGUACAUUGAAAUGACUGAAUGAUAAAAAAAUUAUGAACAUUUGUUUUGUUGUUGCCUAAAGACAACUGGGAAGUGUCACGUUCAACCACCAUGUUACUCCUUUAACACAAGGAUGCAUAUAUUACAGCUUGCAGAUCUUACACUAUGCCACUGCCUACCGCACUAUAAAUGGUCAGACUCCAAAUGGUUUGUGAAUCAUCAUGACUACAGAACCAGAGUUGAUACUAUCUUGGGCCACUGUCUAUCUGCAUUAGAGAAGUUGACUUCUGGUUUAUUUACUUUCCAAAAAAAAAAAAAAGGGCUUCUGUAUUAAGUGCAAUGUAUAUGUCCGAAAUCCAUAUGAAAUAAACAUGAAUUCAUCUUG